ACAGUUUUACAGUACCGCGCCUGCGCAUAACAAUUUUCGAUUUUUGUACCAGUUGGCGGUGUUUUGGUUCGAUAUGCUCUCCGUUCGCUAUAUUUUGGCCCGCUCGGGCAACAAACUUCUUGCUGAAAGAUGCACAUCGAAGUUAAUAUUCGUACCUAAAUCUUGGAAGUCUUCAAAUGACGAAGGGUUGCCCAUUUCGAAACCUUUUGUUGUUGAAGGGUUCCAAGGACAAGAGCAUGGAGAGAUGGAAUUUCUUAGCUCAAAAACAAGAGAACUAAGUGGACAAUCAGUUGAUCAUCAGGCUCAGCAAGGAAUUCAAGAGCAAAAAAACAACGAAUCAGAUGACAGUAGUUAUACUUCGGCUUAUCGAUCGCAAUCAAAUGUUAACUUGUAUUCAACUAUGCAAAGUAACGUACCGGAACCAUUUUGUAGUUCUCAAAAAGGCAAUCCGACACAUCUAAAUAUGCCAGGUGGAGGAUCUCAUCAACGAGAGAAAUUCAUGUACAAUAAGAUUCAGAGUACACAUCCAUCUAAGAAUUUUUCAACUUCGGCUUCACCACCAUCAUCCCCUUCGCCACCGGAACAAAAGGAAGCACUAUCCUCCGGCCAAAAAUUGAAGAUGGCUGUACGAGAUUAUGGUUCAACAGUGGUAGUAUUCCAUAUUGGCAUCGCAUUAGUUUCAUUGGGGGGUUUUUACAGUUUAGUUUCUUUAGGUGUUCCAGUCGAAAGCGCUCUCCAAGCACUAGGCUUUAAGGAAAAGCUACUGGAGUCUGGGGUACUAGCCGGAGCUAGUACAUUCGUUGUCGCUUAUUCUAUUCAUAAGCUGUUUGCGCCUGUAAGAAUUGGUAUCACACUUACUUGUGCACCCUUUAUUGUAAAAUCAUUACGAGCAAGAAAUAUUUUGAAACCACCUGUAAAGAAAUCUUAA